GGUCGGCAUUGGUCGAUGCGCUGCGGCCGCGGGCGGACGUGCGAGCGCCUCUGUCGCACCGAGCUCCGUGUGGCUGUGUCGUCGGUCGAUACGCGCGGGGUCGCAGCGGCGCCGGUGGGUGGUGCGCCUUCAGCAGACGUGGUUGAGGAGCGUCGACGGCUCUCGGGGGUGGUGUCGGAACGGGCGCGACGGGUGCCGGAGACGAGGUGACGGGUGUCCGCCGCGCGGCCAUGCGCUCCCGCGGUGACGGCCCGGCGGCGGCCGCCUGGCAGGAGGGCAGCGGCCACCCGCUGCUGGCCGGCUACAUGGACAUGGUGCGACUGUUCUGCGCACUCUGCAAAGACCACCACGCGCUGGAAUUUCAGCACGGCGACGGUGACCACUGGCACGACUGGACCACAAUUUACCGCAGGGCAGACGCCAUUCCUGAUGACUACGACGAUGAAGGAAAACAGGUGGUUGUCGGCAUCUGUGCCAUGGAAAAGAAGUCGGGCUCCCGUCCGAUGAAGGAGAUCCUCACCCGGUUGGAGGAGUUUGAGUACAUCAAGUGUCUCAUCUUCCCCGAACAUGUCAUACUCAAGGAGCCGGUGGAAAACUGGCCGCUGUGCGACUGUCUCAUUUCGUUUCACUCCAAGGGCUUCCCGUUGGAGAAGGCCAUCCAGUACUCACAGCUGCGGAAACCGUUCAUCAUCAACAACCUACAGAUGCAGUACACGCUUCAGGACCGGCGCAUGGUGUACCGGCUACUGGAGCGAGAGGGUAUCGACCUGCCCCGGUUCGCCAUCCUGGACAGGGACGCGCCAGACUUUGUCGAGGAACGCGACUUCCUCGAGAGUGAUGACGUAGUGGAAAUUAACGGCAUCACCUUCAACAAGCCGUUCGUGGAGAAGCCGGUGUCGGCGGAGGACCACAACAUCUACAUCUACUACCCGUCGUCGGCCGGCGGGGGCAGCCAGAGACUCUUCCGCAAGAUCGGCAGCCGCUCGAGCGUCUACUCACCCGAGUCCCGGCUCCGGCGGACCGGCAGCUACAUCUACGAGAACUUUAUGCCCACGGACGGCACUGAUGUGAAGGUGUACACAGUCGGACCCGAGUACGCGCACGCCGAGGCCAGGAAGUCGCCGGCGCUAGACGGAAAGGUCGAGAGGGACCAGGAUGGAAAGGAGGUGCGCUAUCCCGUCAUCCUGACCAACAACGAGAAGCUGAUCGCCCGCAAGGUGUGCCAGGCAUUCAAACAGACCGUGUGCGGGUUCGACCUGUUGAGAGCCAACGGGCGAUCGUACGUCUGUGACGUCAACGGCUUCAGCUUUGUCAAAAACUCCAACAAGUACUACGACGACUCAGCGAAGAUCCUGGGCAACAUGGUGCUGCGGGAGCUGGCGCCGACGCUGCACAUCCCGUGGUCGGUGCCGUUCCAGCUGGACGAUCCUCCGAUCGUGCCCACCACCUUCGGCAAGAUGAUGGAGCUGCGCUGCGCCAUAGCCGUCAUACGACACGGAGACCGCACGCCCAAACAGAAAAUGAAAAUGGAGAUCAGACAUGAAAAGUUUUUCGCCAUCUUCCACAAGUACGACGGCGGUCAGCAGGGCCACAUCAAGCUGAAGAAGCCCAAACAGCUGCAGGAGAUCCUGGACGUGGCGCGCGAGCUGCUGGAGGUGUCACCCGAUCACCCGGAGGUGGCCAAAAAGCGAGCCAAGCUCGAGCAGCUCCGCAACGUACUCGAGAUGUACGGCCACUUUUCCGGCAUCAACAGGAAGAUCCAGCUCAAGUACCAGCCCAAGGGGUGGAAGCGCAGCAGCGAAACCGAGACGUCGGACGACCCGUCUCUGGUGCUGGUGCUCAAGUGGGGCGGUGAACUGACACCAGCCGGUCGCGUUCAGGCCGAGGAGCUCGGCAAAAUUUUCCGUUGUAUGUACCCGGGAGGCCAAGGUAUAAUGCAGCCGUGGGGAUCAGGAAUGUCGGAGGGCUUCCCCGCAUAUCACUGGGAGUACGCCGGUACCCAGGGGCUCGGCCUGCUGAGGCUCCACUCCACCUACCGGCACGACCUCAAGAUCUACGCGUCCGACGAGGGUCGUGUGCAGAUGACCGCCGCUGCGUUCGCAAAAGGUCUGCUGGCGCUCGAGGGAGAGCUCACUCCGAUCCUGGUACAAAUGGUGAAGUCAGCAGACACCAACGGACUUCUGGACAACGACUCUGACUCCAGAAACCUACUCAACAUGGUGAAGAGCCGGAUCCACGACCUGUUCCAGCAGGACCGCGACUUCACCGAGGACGACAUCCAUCAGCUGAACCCGACCGGCUCCAUCAGCGUGGCCAAGGCGCUCAGCAGGCUCAAGAACCCAGUGGAGACAUGUGAGCUGGUCUACAGUCACCUGCAGAAACUGCUGGCGGUCAUCACACCGAAAAUGGAGGAGUCCAAAGAGCUCAUCCUCUACCACGGGGAGAGCUGGGAGCUGAUGCUGCGCCGCUGGGUCAAACUCGAGAAGGACUUCAAGACGGCCAACGGCAAGUUUGACAUCAGCAAGAUUCCUGACAUUUAUGACAACAUCAAGUACGACCUGCAGCACAACCAGAAGGUGCUUCAGUUCGACGAUGCUGAGGAGAUGUACCGUGUUGCCAAAACGGUGGCCGACGUCAUAGUUCCACAGGAGUACGGUCUGACUCGUCAGGAGAAGCUCUCCAUCGGUCACGGCAUCUGCACGCCGCUGCUGAAAAAGAUCCAGGCCGACCUGAGGCGUAACAUCGACGAGGGCGCAGAGGAGAACGUCAACCGACUCAACCCCAUGUACUCUCGCGGCGUCUCCAGUCCUCAGCGACACGUACGAACGCGGCUCUACUUUACCAGUGAGAGUCACCUGCACUCGCUGCUCACAAUGCUGCGAUACGGAGGGCUGGCAGACGAGGGCCGUGACGAGCAGUGGCGGCGGGCCAUGGAGUACUGCUCAGCCGUGUCCGAGCUCAACUACAUGUCACAGGUGGUCAUCAUGCUCUACGAGGACCCCACUAAGGACCCGCUCUCCGAGAACAGGUUCCACGUGGAGCUCCACUUCAGUCCCGGCGUGAACUGCUGCGUCCAGAAGAACCCUCCUCAGGGUCCCGGCUUCCGGCCGCAGUCUCGCGGUGACAUGCAUAAGCCGACUAACGCUGCGGUGCGUCGUCCGCCGUCGAUGAUCGAGGAGGAGGCGGAGCCGGCCGACAGUGGCUCGGAACCCGACAAACACUCCGACUACCAGUCGAGUUCCAGCAGAACCAGCUGGCUGCCACAGUCACAGCCGAUUAACAUCAGCCGCGUGGCCACGUCUCCCGCGCACCUGUCGCCGCCGCACCAGGACCUGCUCCGCUCGUGCUCCCACCCCGGCUCCCCGGACCGUAAGGGAGCCGGCACGGGAGCCGAGGAGCGGCCCCGGAGCCUGGAGGGUCUGAUGGAGCGGGGCAUUACCGAACCACCGCCGGCAGUGCGACCAGACGGCGUCAGCGAGCAAGACGACGACGACGAAGAGCUGCGCCGGCAGCGUCACUCUGUACCCUCGCAGACACAGUACGCCCACCAGCUGUCCAUCCUGAACCAGCAGCUGCAGCUGGGAGCGCCCGGCGGCUCGGCCAGCUCCCUGUUCUCCACGGCUGUCAUCAGCGGGUCGUCGUCGGCGCCCGAGCUCAAGUCACUCUUCACACCUGUCACGGCCAUCGGCAUCGAGGGCUGCGGCGGCGUGCCGUCCAUCCGGCCCUUAGAGACGCUGCACAACGCCAUGUCACUGCGUCAGGUGAACGCCUUCAUCGACCGGGUCACGUCGAUGGAGUUUCGCGCACCGCCGCCGGCGGCGGCCGCCGACCAGCCCGACCGGCCGCCGCCGCUCGGCCUGCACUCACCAACUCACAGUCUCAGCAUCAGCGGUCCAUCAUCAUUCGUCUCAUCUCCGGGCUCUACGACACCGCUGGACGGGGCGAGAGCGGUCAGCGACGGCUGGUAGCACCGGCUGUUACCGCCGUCAUGCAGAGAGGCUUCAGUGUCUGCGGUCCCACAGUGGCAGACCGUACUGUCGUCCACAGAGGCUAGAGUCUGGGUCCGUGAUACCAGGCUACUGAGGUUCUAUGGUCGGUGAUACAAAACUUCAGAGGCUUUGUAUGGUACGCGAUAUCGGCCUACAGUAAGUCAGUGGCCCAGGGCUCCGCCUGCUGGCCCAGAUGAUCGCAGUCAGUGAUAGGGUCUGUCUCUGUGGGUUGCAGUCUGUCAAAGGGCCUACUUAGAGACUGUAGUUCGUUACAGAACCGACCUACAAGCUACAGUUUGUUACAGGCUGACCUAUUGACCGCAGUCCUUGACAAGGCCUGACUUAUUAAUUAUAGCUCGUGGUAAGCCGCCACCUGGACACACACCGGGUUACUGGAGACUGGGCGCCGGUGGCGGCCGUCCCUUCACCUUCCGUGCAAUGCGCGCCGCCCGCCGCGGUGGGCGGCCAGUGAUGACGUGAUCGUAAGUUAGUGACGUCAGUUGAUGACGUACCUGACGUCAGUGAUGUGGCGCCGGAGUAUUAUCAGUGUAACGGCCGAGCCGCUACUCCGGCUGAGGUGUUUUGUAUACGGCGGCGCGGGCGGUGACCCGCUCUGCCGCCCGCGCCCGACUCAUGUGCAGCUGAUUGUCGCCAACAGAUGGCUCUAGUAUGGCGCCCGCCGCCGCGUACCGUGAUAGUGUCGCCGACCGGUCGGUAGACAGUCUCAGUCAGGGCGCUGUGGCCGCCCGAUAACUCAUCAGGAGUAUCGCUCUCUAAUCGUAUUUAUCUUGCUGUGUGACGCGCUCUCUCAGAACAAACAACCUCGUGAUGGUCGCCCGUGUCUCACGACCCGUAAUCGCCCGAUAGGGGCACGCGCAGUGUUCGUUUCAGGACUGCGCGCCCGUGAAAACGGUCCCCGUCGGUCGUAUCGAUGCGGCUAGUGAAUGCACCGCCGGGGGUCUUGGAGGUAUUUUGAUACCGGGGGUUCAUGAGCAUGUGGCUGCCAAAGUGUUCAGCGCGCAUCAUUGUAUGUCAUUUCGGGGACACCGGGUAUUUCGCGACAUUCGCCGAUGUGUCUCACAAUUGUUUCAUGUUGGGUACCGUUUGGUACCGCAUUGUGUACCAAUGUACCGUGCCUGCGUACCUAACCGCCGGUACCCCUUAUGAGUCGGGAACACCGCCCCGCCAAUACAGACAGACUGAGUACA